UAGAACUGGCCUUUUUCUCUCUCUACUUCUCUCCGUAACAGUCCCAAAAAUCUCUCAAAUCCCAAUUUAAAUUUUUUUUUUUUAAAUUAUAUUUUUCCUUUUCAAUCUCUAUCAGAUUCAUAUAUGGAGCUUCAAAUAUACAAUUCGUAAAAUUUUAUAUAAAUAUUGAAAAGUAACAAUAAUUUAUUAAAUGAAUGGAAAACAAAGACAGAUUGAAGGAGAAGAAUCGAUUUUGUUUGUACUCUGUUUCGUGGCUUCUUUAACAAAUGAAGGAUCGUAGAAAGAGAAGCGACGUUGUCGUUUCGUGGAGCAGAUUCUUCUGGUGCACCCUCGUCGUCGUAUUCACUUGCGUCUUCAUCUCCGGCUUCACCUUCUCAACUUUUCGUAUUCUCUUCCAAGCAGAAAAAAUCGAACCAGUAUUAAUUUUAAGAUGGAAAGCUAUGCCGGUGGAAUCAAUCUCCGGCGACUCUUCCGUUACCGCUGCCUCGAUUUCUAUCAGAGAAGUAAUCGUUCUGCCGGAUCAAGCUUUGGUUUUCCUAAAUUACCCUCCUUCGGCCCAGUUAUUUACAAAAGAGGACAUAGCCUGCGUUUAUUCCUCUUUGAACACCUCCACCAAACAAAAGCUGGUCAAGAAGUCGCCCAUCUCCGUGGACCGAAACGAGCCCAGUAGUCAGAUCGUACGGUGUCGUCUCCCGCCACGUGGCUUCGCGGUGACGGCCGGAUUGAAAUUGGAAGACGACACUCCCGCCGAACUUCCAGUGAAUAACCGGUGGGACUCGCUCGCGUACGAAGCUCUGAUCGAUCGGGACAACACCACAAUCGUGUUCGUCAAAGGGUUCAAUCUACGGCCAGAACGAGUCUCCAACGCCUCGAAAUUCGAGUGCGUCUACGGCUGGGAUUUCAAGAGCCCAAAGUUCCUGCUCCGAUCAGAGGUCAUCUCAAUCGCACAGGAGAUCGUACGGUGCAAAACGCCUCUGAGCUUGUUGAGUGGCUCGAUGAGACUGAACAACUCAGUAAUCAAGGUCUCUGUUCGGAUGAAAGGCAGGGGAACUAUUAACACCAUAGCCCGCCCGAAACCCAGACCCGAAUCCGAACCAUCGACCCGGAAGGUCCACGAGAUGUGCGUCUGCACUAUGGUCCGAAACCAAGCCCGGUUCUUGAAGGAAUGGGUCAUGUACCACUCCGUGAUCGGAGUACAACGCUGGUUCAUCUACGACAACAACAGCAACGACGAUCUCGAUCGAGUGAUCGAGUCUCUGUACGCUCAUAACUACAACAUCACGCGGCACGUGUGGCCGUGGGUGAAGACCCAGGAAGCCGGGUUCGCUCACUGCGCGGUUCGGGCACGGGACACGUGUGAGUGGGUCGGGUUCAUAGACGUGGACGAGUUUAUUCACCUGCCCACGGAUUUACUCCUUCACGAUGUGCUGACCAAUCAGACGGAGCACAACAGACACGUGGCGGAACUGCGUACGUCGUGCCACAGUUUCGGGCCAUCGGGGCUCAAACGCGUGCCGUCGAAAGGAGUGACGGUGGGGUACACGUGUCGACUGGCGAUAGCCGAGAGACACAAGAGUAUCGUGAAACCGGAAGCACUGAAUUCUUCGCUGAUCAACGUGGUGCACCAUUUUCAUCUAAGGGAUGGGUUUGAGUACGUGAACGUGGAUAGAGGAGUUAUGGUGAUUAAUCACUAUAAGUACCAAGUAUGGGAAGUGUUUAAGGAUAAGUUUUAUAGAAGAGUGGCUACUUAUGUGGCUGAUUGGCAAGAUGACCAGAAUGUGGGGUCCAAGGAUAGGGCCCCAGGGCUGGGGACUCGAGCUGUGGAGCCACCUGAUUGGUCAGAUAGAUUUUGUGAGGUAACAGACACUGGGCUCAGGGAUCGGGUUCUUCAGAGUUUUUCUGACCCUUUAACACAUAUUUUGCCAUGGCAAAAACAAAAGGCUCAUAACAGUAAUAAUAAUCAGAAGACCAGGAGGAAGAUACGUAGAAGAGGGUUCUUAUGAUUUUUGUGAAAUUGAUACUUUGAGAGGGAGAGAGUGAGGUAGUUUUGUUCUCAUGAUAUGAAGUUAUGUGUAUAGAUUGAUUAUUUUUUUGUAGAUAUAAUAACACAGUUAAAUGAAAUUAUAAAUGCUUGCAAACUUUACAGUAUAUAUAUAUAUUUAUGUUAUUUA